AUGAGUUUUAAUGGUAAAGUAGUGAUAGUGACGGGAGCCAGCUCUGGUAUCGGAGCCGCCGUGGCGAAGGAGUUCAGUUCAGAGGGAGCUCAGGUUGUGAUGGUUGGACGGAACGAGGCCAAGUUGUCAGCUGUGGCCGCCGAGUGUGACAAACCAUUAGUCAUACGAGCUGAUGUCGCUAAUGAUGAUGACGCGCGGAGAAUUAUAGAUGAAACUAUUAAGCAAUUUGGGAAAUUGGACAUUUUAGUCAACAACGCCGGAGUUGUAGUUCCAGAAAGCAUUCUCAACUUGAAUGUAUUAAAAGCCUACGAUGCAACUAUGGGUAUAAAUUUACGCGCUGUCAUACAUCUGACGUCUUUGGCUGCGUCGCAUUUGAUUAAAACGAAGGGUAGUAUUAUAAACGUUUCUAGUGUAGGAGGGCAGAUGGUACCACGACCUAAUUCAGGCUUUUCCAUGUACUAUGUAUCUAAAGCCGCUUUGAAUCAUUUGGGUCUUUGUAUAGCCUCUGAAUUAGCGCCUUAUGGAGUCAGAGUGAACACGAUCAGCCCCGGCCCAGUGAGGACAAAUAUUUUUGACGAUCUCAACAUCGACGUAGACAACUUCUGUAACAGCACAGCUCUACAAAGAGUCUCCGAACCUAAGGAGGUAGCGGACUUGAUACUAUUCCUUUCAAGUGACAAGGCUAAAGGGAUAACCGGUUCAAAUUAUGUUAUUGACAACGGAAUUAUUAUCUGCCGUUCGAUGAAGUAA